CAGCCAAGACGCAAUCAAGUCAGGGCAGCAUGAACGGAUCACCUCUCCAUCCCAUGCCACUUCUACCUGUGGGCUCCCAGGAUACCCCUGCUCCCCUGCCACCACUGCUACCCCCUCUCCAGAAUCCCUCCUCCCGAUCUUGGGCCUCUCGGUGUGGGCCUUCCACCUGGGGGCUCAGUUGUUUUCUGGCUGUACAGCAUUUCCUGGUCUUGACAUCUCUGCUCUGGGCCUCCCACCUGCUGCUGCUUCAUGGUCUUCCCCCAGGAGGGCUCUCAUACCCACCUGCUCAGCUCCUGGCUUCCAGUUUCUUUUCAUGUGGCAUGUCUACGGUCCUGCAGACUUGGAUGGGCAGCAGGCUACCUCUAAUCCAGGCUCCGUCCCUAGAGUUUCUUAUCCCCGCACUGGUGCUGACAAACCAGAAGCUACCUCUGAAGACCAAGACACCUGGAAAUGCCUCCCUCUCCUUGCACCUAUGUAGUUUGACCAGAAGCUGCCAUGGCCUGGAGCUCUGGAACACUUCUCUCCGAGAGGUGUCGGGGGCAGUGGUGGUGUCCGGGCUGCUGCAGGGCACUAUAGGACUUCUAGGGGUGCCUGGCCGUGUGUUCCCCUAUUGUGGGCCACUGGUGCUGGCUCCCAGCCUGGUUGUGGCAGGGCUCUCUGCCCACAAGGAGGUGGCCCAGUUUUGUUCUGCUCACUGGGGCCUGGCCUUGCUGCUCAUCCUGCUCAUGGUGGUAUGCUCUCAGCACUUGGGUUCGUUCCAGGUACCCCUUUGUUCCUGGAGGCCAGCUUCAACUUCAACACGCAUUUGUAUUCCUCUCUUCCGACUCCUUUCGGUGCUUGCCCCUGUGGCCUGUGUGUGGCUCGUCUCUGCCUUUCUGGGUCUGAGUGUUAUCCCCCUGCAGCUGUCUGAACCCUCCGAUGCACCUUGGUUUUGGCUGCCUCACCCAGGUGAGUGGGAAUGGCCCUUGCUAACACCCAGGGCCCUGGCUGCAGGCAUCUCCAUGGCUUUAGCAGCCUCCACCAGCUCCUUGGGUUGCUAUGCCCUGUGUGGCCAGCUGCUGCAUUUGUCUCCUCCACCACCACAUGCCUGCAGUCGAGGGCUGAGCCUGGAGGGGCUGGGCAGUGUGCUGGCAGGGCUGCUGGGUAGCCCCCUGGGCACUGCAUCCAGCUUCCCCAAUGUAGGCACAGUGAGUCUUUUCCAGACUGGCUCUCGGAGAGUGGCCCACCUAGUGGGGCUCUUCUGCAUGGGGCUUGGGCUCUCCCCAAGGCUGGCUCAGCUAUUUACCAACAUUCCUCUGCCUGUGCUUGGUGGGGUACUGGGAGUGACCCAGGCUGUAGUUCUGUCUGCUGGAUUCUCCAGCUUCCACCUGGCUGACAUUGACUCUGGGCGAAAUGUCUUCAUCGUGGGCUUCUCCAUCUUCAUGGCCUUGCUUUUGCCAAGGUGGCUCCGGGAAGCCCCAAUCCUGCUCAACACAGGCUGGAGCCCCCUGGAUAUAUUUCUGCGUUCUUUGCUGGCAGAACCCAUUUUCUUAGCUGGUCUAUUGGGCUUUCUCCUAGAAAACACUAUAUCUGGUACUCGGAUUGAGAGAGGCUUAGGUCAGAGGCUGCCAACUUCUUUCACUGCCCAAGAAACUCAAAUGCUUCAAAAAUCCAGGAAGAAGGCUGCUCAAGAGUAUGAGCUUCCUUUACCCAUCAGAAACCUGUGUUCCUGCAUCCCACAGCCUCUCCAUUGCCUCUGCCCAAUGCCUGAAGACUCUGGGGAUGAACGAGGAUCCCCUAAAACAGGAGAGACAGCCGACUUGUUGCCUAACUCUGGGGAGCCGUGUUCUACAGCUGGCAGAGAAGGGUUUAGGUCCCAGUAAUUACCAAGACCACCAUUUUUGUCUUAAUGAGUUCAGCAGUAACUCCUAUCUUGUUGGACUCUCGCCUCCAAGGCUGUACUUUCUCCCAGUGGAGGUGUAUGUAGUCCACUAGUAGAAUGGGCUGCCUUUCCUCCUCUUAAUAAGACUUAAGUGUUCAGGAGCAGAGACCAUGGUUUAGUGGGUUAGAAGUGAAUAAAUGAGAUUUUUGCCUGUAAA